UUGCUUAUGUUUUGCAUGUGUCUGAUGAGCUUUCAUUCUUUGGCUUUCAUCUCAGACGCGUGCCACACAGAUAGAGUUUGCCUUCAUCUCACCACUCUCCAAUCUCCCAUCCUCUUUUUUAUUGUUAUUGAAACAAAUUAGGGUUUUGGUGAGGCUGAGGGGAAGCGAGCAAACAUUGUUGAUGCAAACCUGAGCAUCCUAAGGGAAAGAAUUCAACAAGUGAGAAAGAGAGAGAGAAUGAUACAUACACGAGAGUGGAAUUAUAAGCGUAGUUAUGACCGGAGAUUCACCAGCAUAGAUGCAGAUUUAAAUGUCUUGAAGAAGAGGAUAGAGACGGUGCAUUUAACAUCAGCCUAUUAAAGAGAUAUUAGAAAAGGAAAAAAAGGAGAUUAAAGAGAGAAUCAAAAAAUUAUGGAGGUUGUGAUUGUUGCAAUUGCUGCUACACUUGGAAAUCUUCUGAUGGGAUGGGAUAGUUCAACUAUUGCAGACAAAAUGAUGUCCUCAACUACAGUGAGGAAGUUGCAGGUGGUGUCCCCUGUUCCUGCGGACAUAGACAUUGCAAACUCCGUUGAACCCGUUCAUAUCUCCCAGAUUGCCAAAGACCUCAACCUUAGUCCCAAUCACUAUGACCUUUACGGUAAAUACAAGGCCAAGGUUUUGUUGUCGGUUCUUGAUGAGCUUCAAGGAUCAGAAGAUGGGUAUUAUGUUGUGGUCGGAGGCAUUACUCCGACUCCUCUCGGGGAAGGCAAAUCUACUACUACAGUGGGGCUCUGUCAAGCUUUAGGUGCUUUUCUUGAUAAAAAGGUAGUCACCUGCCUUCGUCAACCAUCGCAAGGACCUACUUUUGGAAUUAAAGGAGGUGCAGCUGGUGGUGGCUAUAGCCAAGUUAUUCCCAUGGAUGAAUUCAAUCUUCAUCUAACAGGAGAUAUUCAUGCAAUAACUGCAGCAAACAAUCUUCUAGCUGCUGCAAUUGAUACCCGAAUUUUCCAUGAGUCAACACAGUCAGAUAAGGCUCUUUUUAACCGGUUGUGCCCUCCAAAUAAAGAAGGGAAAAGGAGCUUUAGUGAUGUUAUGUUCAGGCGUCUUACGAAGCUUGGCAUUUCAAAGACCAAUCCAGAUGAUCUUACACCAGAAGAAGUAAAUAAAUUUGCUAGGCUUGAUAUUGACCCAAAUUCUAUCACAUGGAGGAGAGUAAUGGACAUCAAUGAUCGAUUCUUGAGAAAAAUUGCUAUUGGCCAGGGACUUGACGAGAAAGGAAUGGUGAGAGAAACAGGCUUUGAUAUUUCAGUUGCUAGUGAGAUUGUGGCUGUUUUGGCACUGACAACAUCCUUAGCUGAUAUGCGAGAGAGGCUUGGGAAAAUGGUUAUUGGGAAUACGCGAGAGAGCCAUUUCACAUUCUGUUUUAUGUUAGAUCUCAUUACUGAAAUGGCUCAAGAAACGACCCGUGCGUUACGCACGGGUUACAUCCUAGUAUAUAUAUAUAUAUGGAAGCACCAACAUAUUUAAGAAAAAGACAAUUCUUUUUUGUUUUAAUCAUUUGAAGCCCAUCUUUUAUUUUUGUUUACAUUAAAACAAAUCUGCAACCAAUCUACAUUAAUAUUUUC